AUGGAUUGUCCUGGUAAUGGAGAAUUUUGUAACAGAGUAACUGGAAAAUGUGAAUGUGUUGAUCGUUUUGUGGAAGUUGAUUGGCGGUGUCUUCCCGGAAUUCCUCCAGGAGAUUUUGGUUGUAUAGAUUCUCGUCAAUGUUCAAUUUUCUUUUCAACAGCAACUUGUUCCGGAGAAGGAAAAUGUCAUUGUCCGGAAGGGAUGGUACCUAAACGGGGAACUUGUCUUCAAGAAAUUAGCGGUAAUGGAACAAAUAAAUUCCGGAAAAACAUUCCGGACGUUAAAACAAUGUUUUGUUUAGACCGAACAUUUUGGAAAACAAAGUAG